GGCGGGUAUGGGUACGGGAGGGCUCCAAUGGAAAGCGUGAGCGAUAUAAAGUCCAAGUCGAAGAGCAUAGACUCCGUCCACACGCCACUUCCAGCGGAUUCGACACCAACGCUUGUUUAUGGCGACUCAUCGACUGGUCGCCCUACGUAUACUCCUAGGCCCACUCAUGCCCACAAUGCUUCUGAGAUUUUCUAUCCAACUGGAACAGGACAUUAUACCUCUGUGAAACCCAGUCCAACUGGGCCAUCUAAUUCUUCCUGCGCUCCGUACUGGCUUGAAAACAUCAAACAUCAAGGUCUCGCAUCUUUCAACGCAGAUCCGGCCUCGUAUCAGGUGUUCAGGAAUGUGAAGGAUUUCGGCGCAAAGGGUGAUGGAGUCACGGAUGACACUGCAGCCAUUCAGCGGGCUAUCACGGAAGGUAAUAGAUGUAGGCCAGGCUUCUGCGAAAGUUCGACGACUACACCGGCUGUCGUGUACUUCCCUGGUGGCACGUACUUGAUCUCCGCUAGUAUUAUGGAUUAUUACUAUACUCAGAUUAUUGGGAACCCAAACUGUCUUCCAACCAUCUUGGCUGCAUCCAACUUCACUGGCGGCCUAGGCUUGAUCGAUGGCUCUCCGUACCAGGGAUCCGGUCCACGCGUUGGUAAGACGGGCUAUGGACCUACAAACACUUUCUUCAGGCAGAUCCGUAACCUCGUCCUUGAUAUGACUCAACUCCCUGCCAACUUUUCUGCCACCGGUAUCCACUGGCCCACGGCGCAGACGACCAGCCUGCAGAAUAUUGUGUUCAACAUGAAUGCUGCUAAUGGAACGUUACACCAAGGUCUCUUCAUUGAGGAGGGCUCUGGAGGCUUCAUGACUGAUUUGGUCUUCAAUGGUGGUAAUUAUGGGUUUAAUGUUGGCAAUCAACAAUUCACGACCCGCAAUCUUACAUUCAACAACGUCAAUACAGCCAUCAAUCAGUUGUGGGAUUGGGGAUGGACUUACAAGAGUGUUUCGAUCAACAAUUGCCGCGUUGGUCUGAACAUCUCUGCUGGCGGUCCUUCAGCUGUCAAUGUUGGCUCCAUUGUGUUGUUGGACAGCGAGAUCAACAAUACACCUAUUGGUAUCGUUACCUCUAGGACCGACGAUUCUGAGCCUGAUAGUGCUGGAAGUCUGUAUUUGGAGAACGUUAAGCUGAACAACGUUGGAGCUGCUGUAGUCGGACAGGAGGGUAUAUAUCUGGAAGGAUCCUUCGGCCCCUCGGUCAUCAGCGCUUGGGCUGACGGCCACCGAUACCUCCCUCAUGGCCCAAUUGAGGAGCGAGGCCCGAUCACUCCUAGUAAGCGACCAAUCGAGCUACUCGAUGCCCAAGGAAAGUACUACGAGCGAUCCAAGCCGCAGUACGGCUCCGUCCCAUUAUCACAGGUUCUCAGUGCUCGAGACCUCGGUGCUACGGGAGACGGCGAGACUGACGACACAGACGCACUGAAUGCUGCGAUCUUGAAUGCUAAAAAGGAGGGCAAAAUCCUCUUCCUCGAUGCGGGUUUCUACAAAGUUACCGGUACCAUCUACGUUCCCCCCGGCUCCAAGAUCGUCGGCGAGGCUCUCGCCUCAGUAAUCCUCUCAGCUGGCGAAUACUUCAACGACAUCGACGCCCCCCAAGUCGUUGUGAAGAUCGCACUACCCGGUGAGCAGGGCACAGUUGAGCUAUCAGACCUUUUCGUCAGCACACAAGGACAACAAAAAGGAGCCAUUCUCAUUGAGUAUAACCUUGCAUCCUACGGCGCAGAACCGGCUGGCUUAUGGGAUGUACACACCCGCAUUGGAGGCUUCACGGGCUCUAACCUGCAGACUGCGCAGUGCGAGAAGACGCCUAAUGCCAACAUCACAGAAGGAAAUCUCGUCGAGGAGUGCAUUGCUGCGUACAUGGCAAUUCACGUCACCAAGUUUGGAACAGGAUUGUACAUGGAGAAUAACUGGUUGUGGACCGCAGACCACGACCUGGACGAUGCAACGAACAACAACACACAAAUCACCAUCUAUGCUGGUAGGGGUCUGUACAUCGAGAGUCAGCGAGGCGUUUUAUGGUUAUACGGCACAGCCGUCGAACACCACGUAAAAUACGAGUACCAAUUCGUCGACACGCGCUCCAUAGUCAUGGGCCAAAUCCAAACCGAAACAGCAUACUACCAGCCUAACCCAGACGCCACCAUCCCCUUCCCUGAGAACCCCGCUUUAAAUGACCCAGUCUUCACGCCUAGUGCUAAUUCAUCCGUAAACGCAGCGUCAGGCUGGGGUCUCCGUAUCGUGCGCUCGAACAACAUUCUCGGCUAUGGCGUUGGCUUGUAUUCGUUCUUCGAUAACUACUCGACGAAUUGCUCGCAAAUUGGUGCUGGAGCGCGUUGUCAGACGCGUAUUUUGUCUAUUGAGGGUGAUAGGCAUUCGUAUGAUGUCGUGCUGUAUAAUUUGAAUACCGUUGGUGCGACGGAGAUGAUCACGAGAGAUGGCGUUGAUUUGGCGAGUAAUGUGGAUAAUAACUCGACGUUUGUGGAUACUAUUAAUGUCUUUAGGAUCGGGAGCUUUGGCCUCUGA